GGCGCGUGCGCAUAACUUGAAUACUGCUUGCUGGAUCGUGUACCCACUUUUGUCGUUGUUUGUUUCCAUUCAGCAAAUUUUUGUCGUUUCCCUUCACGUUUUACACUGCAUCCCUAUCCUCUAGAGAACACGCGAUCCAUGACGGCAUCGCUGCACAAUGGCUGUCGUGUCGUGGAAAGAGGCGCUGCUGCUUACUGGCCUGGUGUUGGCGUGCUACUGGAACAGCCUGUCGUGCGGCUUCGUGUUUGACGAUGUCUCGGCCAUCCUCGACAACAAGGACCUGCGGCCCACCACGUCAUUGAAGAAUCUCUUUCUCAAUGACUUUUGGGGUACGCCUAUGGCAGAGGAACGUAGCCACAAGUCCUACCGGCCGCUUACGGUGCUCACCUUCCGCCUCAACUAUCUGCUGAGCGAGCUGAGCCCAGCCUCCUACCACCUGCUUAAUGUUGCCCUACAUGCCGCAACCUGCCUGCUUUUCCUGCGUGUGUGCCGCCUCUUCCUGGACCGCACCUCCGGCCUGGUGGCGGCGCUGCUAUUUGCCGUGCACCCCAUCCACACAGAAGCGGUGACCGGUGUGGUUGGCAGAGCUGAACUCCUGUCGUCAAUCUUCCUCCUAGCUGCUUUCUUGGCUUACACCAAAUCGACUGGCGCAGACCACUCCAUAGUGUGGGCUCCCAUCGCUCUGACCGUUGCGCUGGUGGCGGCAGCGACACUGUGCAAAGAGCAGGGAAUUACCGUCGUCGGCAUCUGCUGCGUGUACGAGGUGUUUGUGGCACAAGGGUUCACCUUACCGGUGCUGCUGGACACGCUGAGGCAAGCUUUACGGGGUAAGGGCGCCUUCCCGUAUGCCGUCCUCCAGAUGUUGCUGAAGCUCAUCGUGCUGGUCAUCAGCACGCUGCUGCUCGUCAUAGUGCGUGUCCAGGUCAUCCAGUCGCAGUUACCCGUCUUCACCAGAUUUGACAACCCGGCAGCCGUCAGUCCGACGCCAACCCGCCAGCUGACCUUCAACUACCUGCUGCCCGUCAACGCGUGGUUGUUGCUCAACCCGUCCGAGUUGUGCUGCGACUGGACCAUGGGCACCAUUCCCUUGGUGGAGUCUGCGCUGGACCAGCGCAACCUGGCCACGCUGCUCUUCUACGUCCUCCUGGGCCUGCUGGCGUACCGCAGCAUCACCUGCUCACGCAGCUCUGCUAAGACGGUCGUCAUGGCAUUGUCUCUGAUCGUCCUGCCCUUCAUUCCUGCAUCCAACCUUUUCUUCCCGGUGGGGUUUGUCGUGGCUGAGAGGGUCCUGUAUGUCCCCAGCAUGGGUUUCUGCGUGCUGGUAGCGCACGGAUUCAAGGUCGUCUCGCACAAAGGGUACCUGAAGAAAAUUUCCUGGCUGAUGAUCGGCGUGCUGCUGACAACGCACGCAGUGAAGACCUUCAACAGGAACUGGGAUUGGGAGUCGGAAUAUACUUUGUUCAUGUCAGCUCUGAAGGUGAAUAAGAACAACGCCAAGCUGUGGAACAAUGUCGGCCACGCGCUGGAGAACCAGAACGAUUAUGGCAGAGCGCUGCGCUAUUUUCUGCAGGCCACUUCCGUGCAGCCUGAUGACAUUGGCGCCCACAUGAACGUCGGGAGAACCUACAAGAACUUGAACAAGGCCAAAGAGGCUGAAGAUGCCUAUUUAGUUGCCAAGUCCCUCAUGCCGCAGAUUAUUCCCGGUAAGAAGUAUGCCACGCGCGUGGCCCCCAACCAUCUCAACGUCUACAUUAACUUGGCCAAUCUGAUUCGUGCAAACGAGUCCCGGCUGGAGGAAGCCGACCAGCUUUAUCGACAGGCCAUCAGUAUGAGGCCUGACUUCAAGCAAGCGUACAUAAGCAGAGGGGAGCUGCUGUUGAAAAUGAACAAGCUGACCGAGGCACGCGACGCAUACUUGCGCGCGCUGGAGCUGGACCGAGCCAACGCCGACCUGUGGUACAACCUGGCCAUUGUGCACAUCGAGAUGAAGGAGCCGUCAGAGGCGCUGCGCAACUUUGAGCAGGCGCUGCAACUCAGCCCACGCCACAAGCUGGCGCUCUUCAAUUCCGCUCUCCUCAUGCAGGAGUCAGGUGAACCCAAGUUCUGGCCCGAGGCCAACCGCCGCUUCCUGGCUUACGUGGAGGAGGAGCCGGAUGACGCAAAUGGCUACUUCAACUUGGGCAUGCUCGCCAUGGACGCCGAGGAAAAUGUGGCGGCGGAGCGCUGGAUGCACAAGGCCAUCGCGCUGCAGUCGGGCUUCCGCUCGGCACUCUUCAACUUGGCGCUGCUCUACUCGCAGUCGCGCCGCGAGGUGGAGGCGCUACCCGUGCUGGAUGAACUGCUGCACCACCAUCCGGAGCACAUCAAGGGCCUAAUCCUCAAAGGCGACAUCCUCAUGAACCACAAGAAGGACACGGCUGGCGCCAAGGCCUGCUUCCAGCGCAUUCUGCAGAUGGACCCGGGCAACGUGCAGGGCAAACACAACCUCUGUGUGGUCUACUUUGAGGAGCGUGACCUGCCCCGGGCUGAGCGUUGCCUGGAGGAGACGCUGGCACUGGCGCCGCACGAGGAGUACGUCCGGCGCCAUCUGAACAUCGUCAGGGGCAAGAUGGCGGCUAUGAGCGCGGCCGGGCAGCCCCUAGCGGAGGAGGAAAAGCCGACAACGGCGGAGGAGGAAAGGCGGAGUCCCCGAGGCGAGAAGAAUGCGAGGAAAUCCUCCGCAGAACCUGAUCAAUCAGAGCUGGACGCCGGCCAGCCCGACAGACGGACUGCGGCCAAAUCCGCCGAGCAGACAAGCGACAUCGAGCAGAAGCGUGCUGCCGCUUUGAAAAGGCUGGAGGAGAUCGAGCUCAUUUUAAGCGGCAACUGACCACAAUCUGCUCUUCUUUUCUUGCAUUUUUUUUAAGAGCUGGGACUAUUUUUACACAAAACAUUUUUUUUUUUCUUUUUGGACAAAGCCAAUUAAUUCCAAUGAAGUUCGGACAUUGUGUUCUAUAGAAAUCAAAUGUUCAACCUAUAUUUAAUUGAAUACACUACAAAGACAAGAGAUUUAAUGUUCAAGCAGAUAAACUUUGGUGUUUUUCUCAAACAAUCAUUAACUUAGAAUUUGAUGGCUGCAACACCUUCCAAAGAAAGCUGGCACAGGUGGCAAAAAAGACUGAGAAAGUUGAGGAAUGCUCAUCAAACACCUGUUUGGAACAUCCUACCGGUGAAUACGCGAACUGGGAACAGGCGGGUGCCAUGAUUGGGUAUCAAAGGAGCUUCCAUGAACUGCUCCGUUCUUCACGAGCAAAGAUGGGGCGAGGUUCGCCUCUUUGUGACCCAUUGGCUGAGAAAAUAGUGAAAAAAGUUUAAGGACAAUAUUUCUCAAUGUACAGUUGCAAGGAAUUUGCGGGUUUUCUUCAUAUACGGCCAAUCAAAAGUUUUAGAGAAUCUGGAGAAAUCAUUGCAUGUCAGCGGUAAGGCCGAAAACAAACACUGACUGAUUCCCUCACGCUGCAUCCAAAAAAAAAAUAAAUAAAAAAUCAUCUCUGUGUAAGGGAUAGCAUCACAUGGGCUCAGGAAUACUUCAGAAAACCAACCCCAGUAAAUAGAGUUCGGCGCCACAUCCGAAAGUGCAAUUUAGAACUUUGCAAAGCAAAACCCGUUUAUCAAAGCAAAAGCCAUUUAUCAACAACACCCGGAAACGCCUCUGGCUUCUCUGGUCCCGAGCUCAUUGAAGAUGGACUAAAAAUUGUUCUGUGGUCUGACGAUUCCACUUUUCAAAUUGUUUUGGGAAAUUUGAGAUGUCGUGUCCUUCCGGGAGGCAAAGAAACCAUCCAGGCUGUUUUUGUGUGCAAAGUUCAAAAGCCAGCAUCUCUUCUGGUAUGAGGCUGUGUUACUACCAAUGGCGUAGCUAACUUACACAUCUGUGAAGGCACCAUUCAUGCGCAAAGGCACAUACAGGUUUUGGAGGAAAAUAUUGUUGUCUUUUUCGUUGAUGCCCCCCACUUAUUUCAGCAUGACAAUUCCAAACCACUAUGUGCAAGGUGUGGCUUCCAAAUAAGAGUGCCGGUACUACACUGACAUGCCUGCAGUCCAGACCUGCCUCCCAUUGAAAAUGCAUGGCUCAUUUUGAAUCGUAAAAUACAACCCCACCUCCACCCCCGUUCAACAGUCUGGGGGGUCGCAGCCAUAAAAUUCUAAGGUAAUGAUUAUUUGCCAAAAACAAAGUUGAUCAUCUCGUCUUUGGAGCGUAUACAAUUAAAUAUACCGUAGGUUGAACAUGAUUUGCAAACCAUUGUGCUCUGUUUUUGUUUGUUGAUACAACACAACUUCCCAACUUCAUUGGACUUAGGUUUGUACUAAUAAUACUUCUGCUCCUGUAUUCUUCACCCUUUGUUCUCUAGACACAGUGCAACCCCGUCGGGGAUAGGAACUGAGACUUACUGCGAAUAACUAAAAACUUGUAACCGAUGCCCCCAAAUGCUUAUAAUUACCCGUACUAAUUGUUUUAACCAUCACUAUACCACCCACUAUAAUCUCACAACACGUUAAUACUAUUUCAAACUCUUCUUCUCAUCUCAUAUUACUCUUAAAUGAUUCACAAUCACGCCAGAUAUGUACACGCACAGGCAAUGAAGACUCGUGACUUCCACUGUCGACCCAGGCUAAACUUAGCUCCUCCCUGACAUCUCUCGGUUGAGCUGUAUCACUUGAACAGACUAACUUUACACCAAGUACUACUUUCCUAUCAGCCCGGGCUUUGCCGCCAUUUUGUCAUCUUAGAGCAUCAAAAGCACAAAAAGGUGAGUUUCCUGCAAUUAGCAAAGGAUAGGUUCCACAGGGGGUGGGGGGAUGGGAAUAGGUCCAUUUGUGAAUAGCGUACUGCAAAUAGACGGGCUUAUUUCUACUUGCGCCAAAAAGAGAAACUUGAACGUCAUCAAGGGGAAAUAGAAAUUGAGACUUUUACAUAUUUUCGGGGGCCACGAUGUGCGGAAAUGUGGGCACACCACCAGUAAAGCCCAAGUGCAGCUUGUAUUUCCAGCCACAAACGGGUGCCACCUAUAAAUCUCUUCAGUGUGGGAAAUGUAUCACGCAAAGUGUUGUCGCAGACUUUAUUGCCUCUGUUUUCUGUUUUAUGGCACGGCAUUAAACUUUACUACCCACAUAACAAUUUUAGCCCAAUUUAAUUAUGCAGUGGAUACCCAAUUUCAUGUUUGAUGAGCGAGCAGUUUCCGAAGUGGAAUUUUCCCCAAAUUCUGCAGUGCACCACUGAAAUGAUGAUGAAACAGGACUUUUUAUAAACUUUGCAUCACAUAUGGUUCAAGUGUGCUUCAAUUUUGGCAGCAAUCAGACAAACUCUUUCAGAGUCGGUUUUUUUCAUGGACCCCUGGUAGGCUUCCAUUUCCUUUAGGGCAAGGCCUUUGCAAAAUUCUGUUUCUGCUCAUGAUAGACAUGCUUACCGAAUUCAACGAGGCUAGAUCGAAUUAGCUUUGCGGGCUAAAAAUUUGAAAAACAUCUGAGGUGUCCUACCGAACCAGUGUUCAAAUCGUAAAACUUUGCCGCCAUGCUCCACCCACAUGCAACGAUCAAUCUUUACAUUUUAGCAUUUAGCCAUGUCGAGCAUAUGUGCUUCCAAUUUGAUCAGCGAGCAGGCCAAGUUGUCACUACUGGAAUACCAUUUUCCUUUCAUUUGGAGCAUUCCUUUGACACUUUUUCUGUGGGUCUCAUGACAGACGUGGCGACCAAAUUUCAUGUUGCUAAGUGUAACCGGCUUCGGGUGAGUGGAAUUUUCCAAAACUUCCCAAACUGCUCCUCACGAGAACAUGAAAGGAUCGGCUUAGCUGAUCAAGAAGAAACACAAGUUGGUCGUUAAACACUGGAUGUUGUUUUCUUACCAUGUGACCCAUUUACUCACACAACAUACACACACACACACUAAGUAGGAGCACAAUUACAGGAAGUGACCACAAUGAUGAUGGCGAUGAAGGCGGCCCCCCCGAAAUGGAGCAAAACAUCCUCCUCCUCAUCACCGCCCGCUAAUCUGUAUUGAUCUCCCGCCGCGUUUCCUGCGUUCCCGUCUUUGCCAUUACCGCCAUUGUUGCUGCCCGUGCUAAGCUAACGCAAAUUUGACGGCCACGUCACCCCCCCCUCCCCCCCAACCUCACCGUGCAAUACUUUGUGUACGCGACACUGUUGGUUAAUUAGCAGCCCCGAAAGUGUUUAAAGAUUGUAUAUUCAUUAUUUAUUAUUGUUUUUGUAUGCAAACUGUGACUAUAGUUAUAUUUUUCCCACCACUAUAGGUUGUGUACAAUCACUGUCGGUACGUUUUGAUUGUAAUUACUUUAUGCCUGCCAUGUGACUGAUUUUUAUUUCAGUUUUUUUUAUUUUUUAUGCUGAGAUUCAAUUCCGUUGGUGACGGUUAAAUAAAAUGAGGCGACAACUUGA